UUCCCGUUCUCUCUCUUCCACUAUUUAAAUUUUUUUUUUUCCAAAAAGGAAAAAAAUCAUAUGGUUAAUAUUUUGUUUUUUGUUUCUGAGCGGAAACAUAAGAGCGUGAUCUCUAAAAUCAAAACCCGACUCUCAACAGAAUAUCGAACUCGUGACUCGAAAAGUGUACGGGCAGAGUGAGCGAGUAGAAGUUAGAUCUUAUUGUUUGUUAAUUGGAUUGAUGGAAAAGGAGAGAAAGUGCUGGAAACUGAGGAAAGGCAUUUAUUAUAGUGAGAGGAAAUGAAGUUCUACAUAUCGACGACUGGGAUAAACAGAGUGACGAUAUCGAACUCCGGCGAGGGAUCGUUGGCGGUCCCGAUUCUGACUCUGGCUAGCCGUAGGAUUUCUAGUUUCCGGACUUUGUUGCCGGUGGUGCUGGUGCUUGGAAUCGUUUUACCGUUUUUCUUUGUUAGAGUUGCGUUUUUGGUGCUGGAAUCUUCUUCUGUUUGCUCUUCUUCUCUUGAUUGUAUCAGCGGGAACGACUCAUCUCUGAGACUCAGAGAAGAGCUAACGAGAGCAUUAAUAGAAGCAAAAGAUGGUACCGGUAAUGAUGGAGUACAGGUUUCUUUAGAAUCGUUCAACGAGCUUGUGAAGGAGAUGACGUCCAAACAACAAAACAUCAAGGCCUUUGCAACCAAGACCAAGGCUAUGCUUUUGGGGAUGGAACGGAAGGUCCAAUCUGCUAGACAUCGGGAAUUGAUAUACUGGCAUUUAGCUUCACAUGGUGUCCCAGAGAGUGUACAUUGCCUUUGCCUCAAAUUAGCAGAAGAGUAUGCAGUAAAUGCAGUGGCCAGAUCUCGUUUACCUUCACCUGAAUAUGUUUCCCAUCUCACUGACCCAUCUUUUCACCAUGUUGUUCUCCUAACCGACAAUGUCCUUGCUGCCUCUGUAGUUAUCUCAUCUACUGUCCAAAACUCUGCCAGACCUGAAGAGUUGGUGUUUCACAUAGUUACUGACAGGAAAACGUACACUCCAAUGCAUGCAUGGUUUGCAAUUAAUUCUGUAAAAUCAGCAGUUGUGGAAGUUAAAGGAUUGCACCAAUAUGAUUGGUCUCAGGAAGUGAACAUUGGGGUUAAAGAGAUUUUAGAAAUUAACCAUUUACUUUGGAGUCAUUUUUACGACAAUUUGAAACAAGAAGACUUUGAAUAUGAGGAAGAGCAUCGACGAUACUUGGAGGUCUCAAGCCCUAGCUGUUUGUCUCUCAUGAAUCAUCUUCGAAUUUAUAUUCAUGAGUUGUUUCCUGAUCUCAACAAGAUAGUGUUAUUGGACGAUGAUGUUGUAGUACAACAUGACAUAUCAUCUUUGUGGGAAUUAGAUCUCAAAGGGAAAGCUGUUGGCGCAGUUGUUGGCUCAUCAUGCGGAGACAACUGUUGUGUAGGAAGAAAAUACAGUGACUACUUGAAUUUCUCUAACCCAAUAAUCUCAUCCAAUUUUGACCAAGAGCGCUGUGCUUGGCUUUUUGGAAUGAAUAUCCUUGAUCUUGAAGCUUGGAGGAAGACUGAUGUAACAGCAACUUACCAUGAAUGGUUGAAACUUAACCUCAAUUCUGGAUUGACAUUAUGGAAACCAGGAGUGCUUCCACUGGCGUUACUAGCCUUGGAUGGUAAUGUGCAUCCUAUUGAUCCUUCAUGGCAUAUGGCGGGGCUGGGACAUCAAUCCCCAGAAGCUCACAGAGAAAUGUUAAAUUCUACUGCUGUUUUACAUUUUAGUGGCCCUGCAAAGCCAUGGCUUGAGAUUGGGUUCCCAGAGGUGAGAAGCUUAUGGAAUAGGCAUGUAAAUUUUUCGAACAAGUUCAUUAGGAAAUGUAGAGUCAUGGGGUGAAGAGGACUAAGUUCUCUCACUUCAACAUUCAUUUUGGACUAGAUCCAUCUUGCAGUAUGAGACCAGAGGGAAGAAGGUUUGGCUUCAGUCUCUGCUUAUGCUUUGCACAAUAUGAUAUUAGUUAAGACAUGAUGCCAUAUAUAGUAAAAAUGUGAAGGCAUGAUAACAUAUGAGGUCAAUUAUGUAUUUAACAAUAUUGUAUAUAUUUUAGUCAGAAAGUUCUAUCCAUAUGUUGAAACUGGUUCAA